AAAGUUUCGAAACACUUUCUGUAGCAUUUAACCCGUUUCGGUAUCUCUAUCGCAACUAUAGACUAACUCCGGGGUAUGCGUGAAUGACCAGUCGCACUAGUUUUACGACCGUUGACUUUCACUUGCAAACAUGAAGCUCACAGGCAAUGACCCACUAUAGGCCGAAAGUCACCCUGCCGCAGAAUACGCUGGCCUUAAACCCACCGAACGUCGGUACCACCGAGACCCCAAGGAGGAUAUAAAACGUGCUUCUAUUCUUCCUAAAGGCGAUUCCAGGAAAUUGAAAAGCACCGACACAAAACAAAUUAUACUCGAAAUGAAAUCAGUCUUGACCAACUUGGGGCUAGCCAUUCACUUUUUGGCAUUAGCGUCAUCCAUUCACGCUCUACUGGGGCCUCAAGUCCAAUUGUCCAACAAAGCCAUCAUCACUGGUAACUAUGAACUCCUUAAUAACCUUGAAUCCUACUUGGGUAUUCCUUUUGCGGCUCCGCCAGUCGGGCCCUUGAGAUUCAAACCGCCCCAACCAUACACCGGGAGUUUGAACGGUUUCCAGGCCCUGGCCUACGGUCCAUCGUGUCCUCAGAUGAACCCAGCUGCUGGAGAGGCAGCUAUCCUCGGUGCAUUGCCAAAUGAUGUUUUGAGCUUGGUAAUGCAAACCCCAUUGUUCAACGCGAUUCUUCCUCAAUCCGAAGACUGUUUGACCCUCAACGUGUACAGGAAGAGGGGUCUCUCCUCUACCGCCAAGUUGCCGGUGAUGUUCUGGAUUUUCGGCGGUGGGUUCGAACUUGGUGGUACCAACUACUACUUACCGCAACAAUUGAUGGCGCAGGGGGCUCUCCAGGGCCAGGACUUUAUCUAUGUCUCUGUCAACUACAGAGUCGCUGCCUUUGGGUUCUUGGGAGGAAAGGAGAUCAAGGCCGAAGGCAGUGGUAAUCCUGGGUUAUUGGACCAAAGGCUUGCCUUACAAUGGGUUGCCGACAACAUUGCUUCGUUCGGUGGUGACCCAAGUAAGGUUACCAUCUUUGGUGAAUCGGCUGGGUCCAUUUCCGUGGCCCACCAGAUGAUUGCGAAUAAUGGUGAUAACACCUACAAGGGAAAGCCAUUGUUCAGGGCCGCCAUCAUGCAGUCUGGGUCUGUUCUUCCAACUCAGGACAUUGAUGCUGCGUAUCCACAAAAGAUCUUUGACGCUGUUGCCAAUGCUGCUGGCUGCGGCACCGCCUCCGACAAGUUGGCGUGCUUAAGAAGCAUUCCUUACGCCCAAAUGCAAGCUGCGAGCAACUCUGUUCCUGGGAUCUUUUCCUAUGAGUCCUUGCAGUUAUCCUACAUGCCGAGACCGGAUGGUGGCUUUAUUCCCUACCAACAGAUACAGAUGGUUGCCGAUGGCAAGUACGCAAGGGUUCCGUACAUUAUCGGUGAUCAAAAUGAUGAAGGGACUCUUUUCUCAUUCACCACCUUGAAUGUGACCACCGAUGCUGAAGUGAGAACGUAUGUUGAUAAUGUGUUCCCCGGAAUUUUAUCCUCUCAGUUGGAUCAAUUCUUGACUUUAUACCCGCAGGAUGUCACCCAAGGCUCUCCUUUCGGAUCUGGUCUCUUGAAUGCGUUGACGCCACAAAAUAAGAGACUCGCAGCUUUGCUUGGUGAUGUGGUUUUCCAAGCCCCAAGAAGAUUUAUGUUAAACCACACUCCGGAUGUUGCCAGGUACACCUUUAACUCCCAGCAGCUACAGGGUCUCCCACUUCUUGGCACUUUCCAUGGCAAUGACCUUAUCUGGCAGUACUUUGUUCCUGGUUCUGGAUCCUUGGUUUACCGAAACGCGUUUAUUGCGUUUGCUAAUACCUUGAACCCUAACAGUGGCGGCUUGUUUACCUUGACCAACUGGCCACAAUAUCAAAACACCAAUGCCCUUGCCAACAACAUGAUGUAUAUCAAUGCUGUGGGUCUUUCUACCGGAAAAGAUAACUACAGACAGGCGGCCAUAAGCUUCCUCAACAACAACUACCAAAAUAUUUUGGCUUAAACUGUUGUUGAGUAUUAUCUGACCAGUGCCAUUGAAAUAUUUGCCUUUAGGUAUAUAUAUACGCGGAUAGUAAGAACCAGUGCGUAUAUGUAGGAUAGUUCUGAUUCCGUCCAUUUCAUUAUACAGCAAGGUUUAGGCAUAUAACGCUGGUAGUGAG